UAAAAUUCAGUGUUGGCCGCCGCUCCGGUCGUAAUCAUCGUUCAUACAUUGAUAAGCGUCGACCGUCGGCACUCUGGGUAAAAGUAAAAAAAAAAAAAAAAUCAAAUUAAUUAAAUUAAAAAAAUAUUAUAAUAUCUCUAACCGACAAAUUAUAGUAAGGUAUCUAAUUUUGUAAUAUUAAUACUUAUCGUUAUUGGGGAAAAAACACAAUUGUCGGUGCAACGACAAAUCCGGAAAUAGUGUGCUCAACAGUGGACAAAUAUAAUAUUAUCAUCACCGUCAAUAAGAAUAAUAUAAUAUAAUAAUAAUAAUUAUAUUUUAUUAUUAAUUGUCAACAGUACAGGUACAGAAAGCAGCAGCAUGAGCCGAUGACUAUACAAUUUCUCUCGAAUACCCAUAUUUUAGAAGAUGUCCUGUAAAGGCUGUUUGAAACGGAUUGUCGUUGUCGUUGUACUCUAAAUAUAUUGUUGCAAGCACCCGUUUUUUUAGGUUCAUCGUGCUGUGAAAAAAAAAAAUACACAUACCUACCUACAUAUAUAUAUAUCUACAUAUAUCCGAGUAAUGGCAUCGUGCAUGUUGUUGAUUUCAUUUCUGAAACCUGUGACGAUAAUCGCGUUAAUUUGUUAUUUUGCGUCAUGCUACAUAACGACCAGUUUUGUGGGCAUACUACUGCUGCUCAUAUUUGUAGUCAUACCAGUGGUGUUCCGUUAUUCGCCCGCACUCCAGAGGGGAAUGAUAUUUUUGAAUUAUGUGCGUUUGCCACCUAACGUCAACUAUAGUGAUCCCGAGCACUACGGUCUCCGAGGAACUCGAAACUUCUACAUUAAAACUACAGAUAACAUGACUUUAGGACUCUGGCACGUGCUGCCCACGAAACUGUUGGAGAAGUACGAACAAGACGAAGACAGCUACGAACAACUCUUAGGGCACGGUGAACCGAUCAUCUUAUACAUGCACGGCAACUCGGGUACACGAGCGAACGAACAUCGGGUCCAGCUGUACGGUGUACUGAGAAAUGUCAACUGCCACGUUAUAGCCGUAGAUUAUAGAAGUUAUGCCGAUUCCACUGACGUUACCAUUAGUGAAGCCGGUGUCGUUACCGACGUCAUGGAAGUAUUCAGAUGGAUUCAUAGUCGCGCUAACGGCUCACCGAUUUUUGGUUGGGGUCAUUCCUUAGGCACUGGCAUAAGUUCUCACGCUUUUUCGUUGCUAGAGAAAGAAGGGUUGUAUUCGAAUGGUCUCAUAUUGGAAGCGCCGUUCACUAAAAUAAGUGAAGAAAUUCGAGAGUAUCCGCUUACCAAAUUUCAUCGUCUCUUACCGUGGUUCGAAUUUUUCAUAAUCGAUCCUGUCGGAGAAAACGGCAUCGUGUUCGAUAACGAAGAAAACUUGAAAACUACUAAAAUGCCUGUUCUGAUAUUGCACGCACGUGAUGAUAUUGUGAUACCUUACACACUAGGGCAAAAGCUGUACAAUAGUCUCAUGCAAUCUAGAAGCAACGCCACCAAUGAACUACAGUUAUACGAUGCCGAACUCAAAUUUGGACACAAGCUCAUAUGCAGAGAUAAAGAUUUGGGAAAUAAAGUCAGGAAAUUUAUUGAUCAGUCAUUAAAUAAAGCGUCAUCUCAAUAAACAAAUUUUGUUCUUGUUUUUUUAUAAUAAUGUAACACUGAUAAUUCCUUUUAAAAACUGUAAUAAAUUCUUUGUAAUUUUAAUUGUAAAAAGGUUGUGUGCGUUAUUUUUAUUUAUGUGUUAAAAAAAAAGAAGAAAUCUUCAUAAAUUUUGGUUAUUAUAUUUAUGUAAUAAUUUUAAUACGUUGGCGAAUGUAAUUUAAAUAACUAAUUUGUAUAUUAUUUCUAUUAUAUUAAUUAUAGUGCAAUAAUUAUAUUAGUUAAAUAUUUUACAAUUAGAUUUGUUCUAUGUGAUGUUUUCUGUUAUGUGUUAGUUUUAUCAUGACUUGAUGAUUUUUUUAUUACUAGUAUAAUUAUUUUUUUACAUAUUUUUAAAAUUUCGUAUAUUAUAAAAAAUUCCACUCUAUUAUUAUUAUUACUAUUAGAAAUGUUUAAUAAAAACAGUCAUUUAUCGCUCAAAC